GUUCGAAUCGUUCCAUCGUUUUCCCAGACACAAAAUUUUCGGCUUUCACGUAAACCAGAAGAAGGAAAGAGAAGGAGCAGUUGCAUGUGCAAUGGCAGACACGUAGUCGUCCAAUUUCCUGCCAACGAAAGUAAACACCUGUUCGAAGCAGGGCCAGGAAGGCGCUCGGUUGGUCGUCGAUUCCCCCUUCCUAACAAUGGAGAACCGACUUCCCGAGUGCCGGUCUACCGCGUCUCUUUGCUCGUCCAUGUUUCGUAGUAGCGAGUUCUGCCGGUCGAAAGCAAACAGGUGCUAGUUUUAAAGCAUCCUCUGUUAUUAUUCAAAUUAAUAUUUAAAAAAUAUAUAGUACAUGUAGGAAACUUAAUAUUGAAACAAAUAUUCAAAGAAUCUACGAUAUCUGGGAAAAUAAAUAUCGAAAGCCGCAGAGUCCAAUUUACGGCUCUUCAAACGUGAAAAUCGAAGAAAUAGGAAGGAACAGGGUGAAAGAACUCGAAGAUUAUUCCUUCGAUAUUUAUUUGCGGAUAUUUGUCCGUGGUGUAUUUUUGAAAAAUUCACACGUGAUAUGUAGUUAAUAUCUUUUGUUUAAUUCACAUGUAACGUAAGCUAUAACGAUUGUUUAAAGAAGACGACGCGACGCUGACGGUGUUUUCUUCGCGAUGUUACCGCAAAGCUUUAGUCUGUGAUGAAAUGAUUGCAAGAGGGGUUGAAAGUAUCAUUUUUCAAAACGUUAUGUUGACUACAGUGAAUUGUUAGUGAAGAACGAUGAUGAUUUGAGAGGAAUGCUCGCUGCCGAUCGUUGAUACGCGAAACAAGCGAGACGGAACUGGAAGUUUGAGUGGUAGAGAGUGAAAUAGUGCCACUGCUGAUUCUGAUCGUCUAAUAGGAUUCUUGUGAUGCAUCGGCCGUUGCCUGGAUCGGUGAAGGAUGUCCUUGGAUCGCCAUGAAACACAACAUUCUGAAGAUCCUGCCUAUCCUCUUUUGCACGUUGCAUUUACACACCGGACAAUUGAUCCGUGAUGCGAGAUGUUUUCUGGAAAACGGUGCCACCGCCGCACAUCUCUUCGUCAGCGAAGAUUUACCGGUCGGUGACACCGUGGGUGUACUCGGAGUGCUGGGUGAUCCUGGACCACAGGGUGACAUCGAACUCAGACUCCAGGAGCACGAUAGUCCAGUAACUUUCUCAGCGUAUUCGAAGAAUCUAACUCUUAUCAGGCCACUAGAUAAAGAAGGCAUCGAUGGACCUGCCAGCGUUUACGUGAACGUAAUUUGCGAACGGAAACAUACAUUAGAUCCUGGUUUCGUGAUACCAGUCAAUAUUCGCGUGACUGAUGCCAAUGAUAAUGCACCUCAAUUUGUAAAUGCGCCUUACGUUCUAAAUAUCUCUGAGGUCACGGUAGUUGGCACGAGGGUUCUUCAAGGUGUGAGAGCCGUGGAUGCUGACCAACCAGGGCCAUUUUCUACUGUACAGUAUGCCGUUUUGCCUGGACCGCAUUCGGAUUACUUCGUGUUCGUGAAUGCUUUAGAAGGCACCCUAGUUCUAAGGAAACCGCUAGAUUAUGAAACUCUUGCCAAUUUUUCCGUCGAUAUCCGUGCACAGGACCAGGGCAAUCCGCCCAAAUCAUCGACUACAACCCUCUAUGUUAAUGUUAUCGACGCGGAUGACCAAAAUCCUGCCUUCCAAAAUGACCAAUACAAAAUUCUCAUCCCUCGAAAUAUUAAAACGAGAAGGAUACUGAAAGUUGAUCCAGCGCCAAUAAAAGCAGUAGAUCAGGAUGUAGGAAUUAAUGCUCCGGUUCAGUAUACGAUUCAAGGAGGAAUUCUACCGUUCCUCACACUGAAUCCGGAAACAGCUGAAGUCGCCAUAACACGACCAUUAUACGAGCAUGAACUUUUAUCACCAGCAACUAUCGUGGCAAAGGCUACGCAGAUAGACAAUCCAGAUAAAUAUGCUCUUUCCACUAUAGUCGUUUCUCGAGAGUCGGAUUGGAACGUGGAACCCACUGCUGGUGGCAGAUUACCAGUAAGAUUCAUACGAAAGGAUCAUGAAACUAGUAUUCCAGAAAAUACCCCUCCAGGAAGCGUUUUAUUAACGACAGGAGUGAAUAAAGUAGAUUCAAAUUUAAGAUUCUGGCUUGUGGGAGCGAUGGAAGAUCUGGAAAGAUUCUCCAUCACUAAUUCCGGUGAAUUGAUUUUAAAAGGCACUCUCGAUUAUGAGAGGAGGGUCCAGCAUAGUUUUUUGGUUCGUGUCACUGACGGCCAUCAUAACGACACCUCACGCGUCAAUGUUUCUGUUGAGGAUGUAAAUGAAUGGGAACCCAGGUUUCGUCAUCCCAGGUACGAAUUUCACGCCGCAACUUUGAGAGAAGGAUCCAUCGUCGGAAAAUUGGAAGCUGCUGAUGGUGACAGAGACGACAAAGUUAGUCUAUCUCUUAGAGGUCCAGAUGCAAGAUCUUUCGAGAUACGUGAUAAUGGAGAAUUAAUUCUCAGAUCAGCAACAACCAUUAAUGGUACUUUGGCCAGGUUAGUGGCUGUUGCCUCUGAUUCUGGUCGUCCGCCGAGGUCUAGUAUGAUCCCAGUGAUCGUGCAUAUACCAAAUAGUGGCUCGUUACCAAUUGCUGCAAGAGCUGCACCUGCUUGGUUGGGCAGCAGUGUUCUCCUGGUUGCUGUUUUUGGCGCUGUCUUGGGUCUACUUGGUGUUAUAAUACUUGUUUUAAUUUUGUACAUAUAUAAAAAUAAAAGGCCAAAAGCCAGUGGUUCAGUAAGUUCAGUAGGAACUGGCUACAGAGAAAAAUCACCAGUUCCCUCUGCUCUGAGCCCGACUCCUCAAGUACUCGGGGCAAAUAUGCUUCAAGAUGCCUUGGAAGUACCUCGAAGAGGAAAUCGAAUCGAGAACGCGCGCAAUAUCGAUGAAAACGAGGAAGAGGCUGAGACUGGAGACGACCUAGAGGAAGAUGAUCAUGUUGAUCAAGAGAUUGUAGACGACAGUAACAAUAGUGAAUCUCGUGAAGUCAAGAAUGAUAACAAUGACGUCGAGAAUCCGGUUUUUGCAGCGAGGAACUACAAUGCCACUAUUAAAAGUGUAACAUCGGCUAGACAAUUGCCUCUUUACGCAAGACAUAAGGUGGCUCCAGCUCCAAAUCCUCCAGGUUUAUCAGCAACCUCCAACAUCCCCAAUAUCGGCGGUUUAGUUCAGAACAUGAACGACUUAAGUUUAAAAACUAAUCUAAAUGCUGACUCUUGCAAAUCUUCCAAUUAUUCCGGAGAUCUCCCAGAUUCUUUGGUACCUGCGUGGCCAGCUUGCUCCGUUUCACAGAGAGUCAAAAAAUUAUCGUGGGACGAUGACGAUAGGACAGUGGAUAGCGUAGAAGUGGCAGCAGAAACAAUGUCCAGAAACAGUCAGGUCGGAAACGAACGACUUAAUCUCACCGUGUACUUUUAAAUCACGCGAAAAAUGAAAGACUGAGAAAUAAAAUGGUUUCAAUGACUCCA